AUGGCCGUAACGAGCGUCAAUAAUAGGAAACGGAAAAGGUCUAAGGAUCCUCAAGUAGACUCAAUCGAAAGGGAUGAAGAGAUUACAGAACCCUCAUCUGAUGAAAGUUCCAACGAGCUGUUACAGGAUGACGAGGAUGAAGAAAACUUGGAAUCUGAUGAGGAAUUCCAUGGUGAGAGCUCUACCGACAAAAGACGGCGCUUAGCAAAGCAGUAUCUGGACAAUUUAAAGUUGGAGGCAAAUGACAUGGUAGAAGAAGAGAAGCUAGAUGAAGAUGAGCCUUUCCCUAAUGCAGGUGACUACAACAACUUCGAUGCCCGUGAUCUAGACCGUGAUAUCAUUGCGACAAGACUGAAGCAAGAUGUCGCUGAACAACAAGGACGUAUAUAUAGGUUCAUUGCUGAUAAAUUGCUUCUAUCAGAAGUUAAAGUAAGCUUUACUAGGGUGGGUGAGAAGAACAUAACGUCAAUAAGCUGUCAUCAGCCGGCUCUGAAUAAAUUUAGCCAUGAAGAUACCCGCGGAAAGAACAAAGAAAAAACCUUUGCAUAUGCAGUCAGCAAAGAUCUCUGUUUGACAAAGUACGAUGUUACAGAUUUCAAUGCAAGGCCAAAAAAAAUGAAAUACGCGAAGGGUGGACCUCGAUACAUUCCUGAUAGUAAAUUUGAACAUGAAAACACAACAGAAGGUCAUUAUGAUGAAAUAUUAACAGUUGCUGCAUCACCAGAUGGUAAAUAUGUUGUUACCGGUGGAAGAGAUAGAAAGUUAAUUGUUUGGAGUACCGAAUCUCUAUCACCCGUAAAGGUUAUCCCAACUAAAGACCGUCGCGGUGAGGUACUGUCAAUGGUAUUUAGGAGGAAUAGUGAUCAGCUUUUCGUUGCAUGUGCAGAUUACAAAAUUAGGACCUAUUCCAUCAAUCAAUUCUCUCAACUUGAAAUUCUGUACGGUCAUCAAGAUUUAGUCGUGGAUAUUUCUGCGUUAAGCAUGGAAAGAUGUGUAACAGUGGGAUCUCGUGACCGCACAGCGAUGUUAUGGAAGAUUGCAGACGAAACGAGAUUGACAUUUAGAGGUGGUGAUGACCCCGAAAGGCUUCUAAAAAAAUGGCUUAAAGCCAAUACUGAACAAUUGGCAAAUGGUGAACAGAAAGUACCUCCAGAAGAAGAAUGGCCAAUUUUUUACGGAGAAGGAAGUAUUGAUUGUGUAACGAUGGUUGAUGAUACUCAUUUCAUUACGGGAUCUGAUAACGGAAGCAUAUCAUUAUGGUCUCUGUCGAAGAAGAAACCCGUCUUCACUAGACGUUCUGCCCAUGGCUUGAUUCCCUCUCCUUUACCAAGAGAAAUAUCAGCAGAAAGCAGCGAAAAGGCAUGUGAAGUUCAACUGCAAGGUAGAAAACUAUCAAAACCCUAUUGGAUUACGGCCUUGCACGCAAUACCUUACUCUAAUGUGUUCUUCUCUGGUUCUUGGAAUGGAACCAUAAAUGUAUGGAAAAUUUCUGAGAAUUUACGUGAAUUUGAUCUUAUUGGAGAACUUCCUAAGUGUAAAGGCUUGGUAACAAAAAUUCAAGCUGUUGAAAGUGGCAAGCAUGGAAGAGAAACGUUUCGCAUACUUGCUGGAGUUAGCAAAGAGCAUAAAUUAGGCAGGUGGAUUAGCAAUAUUCCGGGUGCAAGAAACGGUCUUUAUUCAGCCGUCAUUGAGCAGGCAAGGUUUUAG